AUGAAUUUAGAUCAAGAACUCCCCCAAACUAGCGCUGAGAAAAAAGAAUACAAGGAAAACUGUGCGGACUUUAAUGUAGACUUUUUUCUAAGAAAACUCAAAAAAAAAUAUCUGUUCGACCCAUACUAUAGGCUUCCUUCUUUUCUAAAAUUUCACCUCCUCUAUCAACUUUCAGUAAACCAUCCUCCUACUUUUAUGCGUUUCCAGCGAAAUAUUUGCAGCCAAAAAGUCUCCGGAAUGUUUGUCAUGCGCAAGGAACAGCAAUUGGCAGAGCAUUUGCUCAACAUGCCACUCUGCAUCUUCUGCAACUGUUCCCACAAAUCCGAAGAUUGCCCAACUGUGGUGGAUACGGUGAAAAGAAUCGAAAUUCUGUUGAAGAAGGAGUUGUGUCUCGUCUGCAUGAGUCACAAUAGAAUCCUCUCGUGUCCAAGGGAAUCGGUGAUCUGCAGAAUGUGCAACAAGAUGAAUCACCACGUCGCAAUCUGCUAUCUCAAAGAUUUGAAGUCGCCACGUACAACCAAUUGGGGCGAUUGGAAAAACUGGGAAGAUUGCCCGGACGGAACAUACGCUUAUGCGGCCAAACACAAGGUGGAAGAUCCUCAAGGAAAAGGAGACGACACUGGACUAAAUGCAGUGGCGCUUUUUUGCAAUCCGUUGAAUUGGGGUGAGACACAUUUUGAUCACUUGUGUUUAGCUACAUACAGCACAGAACGGGAGAUAUUGAGUGGAGAGGGAGAUUGGGGAGAUUGGAAGGCUGUCCAAUAUUGUCCAGAAGGCUUAGUGAUGAUUGGUUUUGCACUUCGCUCUGAAAUUACCAGACGUGGACAAGAUGACGUGGCAGCUGACAAUUUUCGUGGAUACUGUGGAACACCCGACGGGCCAAGAGACCACAGCCAUUCAUUUUCCGGUGACACUCCCGGAUGGGGUCGUUGGACCGAGGAUAAAUUCUGCCCUCUGGAAUUUGCUGUUUGCGGGAUUAAUAGUCAAAUUGAAGGCGCUCAGCGUCGUGGUGACGAUACAGCCCUGAACAACAUUGACCUUCGAUGCUGUCGGGUGCCACCUGUCAACCUUUCUUGCACCCCUAGCUACACAUUGCAACAACUCGCUGAAUACGACAAUCGCCUUGGCGCUGGCACUAUCCAAUUUCAGUAUCAGAAGAAAAUCUCGUUCAGCAAAACUACCGGAUCUACUCACACCGUCGGUCGAGAAGAGAAAGAAGCAGUUCUAUCGAAAGUGACGACCGGGGUGGAAAUCUCAACAGAAGGAAUAACAAGUGGGCUGACUGUAUCAAAAACAUCUUCAGUGAACACUGAGCACAGUCAUGGUCAUGAAACCAUUUCAACCGACAGAAUAAGAACAAUUCUAGAAACAGUGAUGUCAAACGAAGAGACUAUCACUGAAACGUACAACGUUCCCGCCCACAAAGGAGUAAUUAUUCAACAAUUGUUCAUGACCUGCGGUAUCAUCAAAGUGGGAUUACCAAAAGUUGUCAUCAAAAGCAGUUAG